CCCGCCUGCCUCUAGAACAGGAUCCUUCCAGAAAAACAAAAUCAGAUAUAGAGAGAGAGAAGAAGAAGAAGAAGCUGAAGCGAAGCUAUAUCAUUAGUAUAAACCAGUUCAAUUUUAGAGAGAGAGCGAUAAAAAUGGCGUCGUUAAUGAAGGCAAUUGUGGACCCAAAGAAGAACUGGCUGGCAGCUUUGCACAUGAAAUCUGUCUCCAACCGCCUCAGAAAAUACGGGCUUCGAUACGACGAUCUGUACGACCCAUACUACGAUUUGGAUAUUAAGGAAGCUCUGAAUCGGUUGCCCAGAGAGAUAGUUGAUGCUCGGAACCAGCGUCUUAAGCGAGCCAUGGACCUCUCUAUGAAGCACCAGUAUCUUCCCCAACAUCUUCAGGCGGUACAAACACCAUUCAGGAGCUACCUUCAAGAAAUGCUGGCCCUUAUGUUGAUAAAGAGGAGAGCAUGUACCAACACCAUGAUACUGCACUUAUGGUUGCCAUUUGACACACUUGGAAACCAACUUGUUGGCACACACACGCAUGCACUGGGGAAAUGUUAAAUCUUUAAUGUCUGGGGGAAGGGAGAAGCAGGGCUCGAAGAAUGAGCAAAUCUGUGCGAGCACAUGCUCUAAGGGCUCUCACCCUCUCUAGUCAUUAUUAGGCAUGCACUGAGAAUAUUUUGGAAUGGGCACUGUCUUCUUACCAUAUGAGCUGAAAAUCUGAGAUCAAGCUGUCAAAAUGCCUAGGCUUGGCUUCAUGAUUGUCCUGUUGGCUUCCUAGGUGUUAUAGAAU